GUUUCCUUAUUUUUUUUCAGGAAAGCAAAGGGUUGUUGACUUCCUCCCUCUCCCCUCCCUUCCUUCCUUCUUCCCGAAGGUACUCAUCUGAGAAAAAGAGAACGAAGUAUUGUUCCUGUUCUCUUUCUUAAGUCAUUUGAAACACUGUCCCUGUGAGUUCUUUAAGUUCCUUGCAAUCUGUACACGAGAGAGAGAGGGAGAGAGAGAGGGAGAGGCACAGAGAGCGGGGGAUCAGGUAAAGCACUGGGGCUGCUGCAGCCAUCCACUCAGGAGCUGGAACAUUGCCAAGGAUGCAGAAGGAAAUGAAGAUGAUCAAAGAUGAGGAUGUGCAUUUCAGUUUGGGUGUGAAGAGGUCCCCCUCCUUUCCCCACUACCUGCAGCAAGUGGCUUCCCGAGGGAAAGCUCCCCAAAGACACCCCUUUCCAGAAGCUCUCCGGGGGCCUUUUUCCCAGUUCCGGUAUGAACCCCCUCCAGGAGACCUUGACGGAUUCCCGGGAGUCUUCGAAGGAGGAGGGUCUCGGAAACGGAAGAGCGUGCCCACCAAGAUGCCCUAUAACCACCCAUCUGAAGAAGCUGGUCUUGUCCUCCACUCUGAGGAGAGCAAAACCCACGGCCCCCCGAACUUCCCUCUGCUGUUUCCGCAGCCCCCGCGCCCCAAGUAUGACUCGCAGAUGAUCGACCUGUGCAACGUGGGCUUCCAGUUCUACCGCACCCUGGAGCACAUGGGGGGCAAACCCGUGAAGCAGGAGCCCGUGAAGCCCAGUGCCGUGUGGCCCCAGCCGACCGCAGCUCCAUUCUUGCCCACGCCCUACUCCUACUACCCCAAAGUCCCCCCGGGCCUCAUGUUCCCCUUCUUUAUGCCCUCAGCCUCCCCCUUCCCCUUCAGCCGGCACACCUUCAUGCCCAAGCAGCCCGCGGACCCGCUGCUGCCCGGGAAGGCCGAGCCCCAGGAGAGCGAAGAGACCAAGCAGAAGGUGGAGAGGGUGGACGUGAACGUGCAGAUCGAUGACAGCUACUACGUGGACGUGGGCGGGGCGCAGAAGCGCUGGCAGUGCCCCAACUGCGAGAAGUCCUACACCUCCAAGUACAACCUGGUGACUCACAUCCUGGGCCACAGCGGGAUCAAGCCACACGCAUGUACCCGCUGCGGGAAGCUCUUCAAGCAGCUCAGCCACCUGCACACCCACAUGCUCACCCACCAGGGCACGAGGCCCCACAAAUGCCAGGUGUGCCACAAAGCCUUCACCCAGACCAGCCACCUGAAGCGCCACAUGAUGCAGCACAGCGAGGUGAAGCCGCACAACUGCCGCGUGUGCGGUCGGGGCUUCGCCUACCCCAGCGAGCUCAAGGCCCACGAGGCCAAGCACGCCAGCGGGCGGGAAAACAUCUGCGUGGAGUGCGGCCUCGACUUCCCCACGCUGGCCCAGCUGAAGAGGCACCUCACCACGCACCGCGGGCCCAUCCAGUACAACUGCUCCGAGUGCGACAAGACCUUCCAGUACCCGAGCCAGCUGCAGAACCACAUGAUGAAGCACAAGGACAUCCGGCCCUACAUCUGCUCCGAGUGCGGCAUGGAGUUCGUGCAGCCCCACCACCUCAAGCAGCACUCCCUCACCCACAAGGGCGUGAAGGAGCACAAAUGUGGGAUCUGCGGGCGGGAGUUCACUCUGUUGGCCAACAUGAAGAGGCACGUGCUGAUCCACACCAACAUCCGCGCCUACCAGUGUCACCUCUGCUAUAAGAGUUUCGUGCAGAAACAGACCCUCAAGGCACACAUGAUCGUCCACUCCGAUGUGAAGCCUUUCAAAUGCAAGCUGUGCGGGAAGGAAUUCAACCGCAUGCACAACCUGAUGGGCCACAUGCACCUGCACUCCGACAGCAAACCCUUCAAGUGCCUCUACUGCCCCAGCAAGUUCACCCUGAAGGGGAACCUGACGCGCCACAUGAAAGUCAAACACGGGGUCAUGGAGCGGGGCCUCCAUUCUCAAGGUUUUGGAAGGGGGAGACUUGCCCAUGCGCAGACGGCAGGAGUCCUGAGGAGCCUGGAGCAAGAGGAACCCUUCGACCUGUCCCAGAAGCGCCGGGCGUUCCUGUCCGAUGGGGACAGCGCCCGGGGCAGCUCCUGCCACGAAGAGGAAGAUGAGGACAACUGCUAUGAGGUGGAGCGGGACAGCCCGGGCCUGGCCCCCCAGAGCAGGCAGCUCUGCGUGCCCCAGGAUCUCUCCACCAAGCCCCAGCCGGCGCCCAGGGUGCUCCAGGAAGACUGCGAGGAGGAGGAGAAGGAGGAGGAGGAGAAGGAGGACGUGCAGAGAGAAGACCGCCAGGAGAAGAGCAAGGACAGUCUUGGGAUGGAGGGCGGCCAGGAGAGAGAUGGCCCCCUCAGAGACGAGUGUCCCCGUCUCAGGGCGCUGCAGAGCGCCCGGCGGGGCGCCUCCUUCUCUGAUUACUUGUACUUCAAACACAGAGAUGAGAAUUUAAAAGAAUUACUGGAGAGGAAAAUGGAAAAACAAGCAGUGCUUUUAGGUAUCUAAGUGGACAGUUUUAGAAGUACAUUUGGGAAAUGAGAAGUAGGCCGUUCAAAUAUAGCUUUGCGCAUGACUGUCAUUUGCUGCAAACUGGCGGGUGGCGCGCAUCUUCACAAAUGGCUCAAACUAAAUGAGCAGGGACCAUCCUCAGUGAUGUAAAUGCCUCUCAGGUCAUUCCGGGCCCUUGAUUUUUAACACACAGGCAGCGCCUUCUUCAGUGUUACUUUAGGCAUCUCCAAGAUAAUAAGCUGUACAUAUUCUCCUGGAUAUCUAGUUGUAAGCUGAUACUGACAGAACUGAGAAAUUCUAUUUUUCCUUGACUAAUAUACAACACGUGGUAAAUUUCUUUCAAGCUGCAAAAAUAUGGUGCUUGACCUGUUACCUUAUUAAUGACUGUAGUUGAAUGUGUGAAAGUUACAAUAUUUUUUCCAGAUAGAUGAAAAUAUGAGUAAUUGUAUAUAUAAAAAUUGCCUUUAUUAAAAAAUCAAAAUACCAGAAAUGACACAGGAGGGCAGGUUAUUAAAAAGGGUGUUCUUUCAUGGUCACUGCAGAAAUAAGAUAAAAUUUCAACAGAAAAGAAAUAAUCUUGACUAAGGAAAGCCCAGCCACACUUAGAUUUCUGCCUAGGCCUGCCUUGCUCUGCUCCAGCUACCUUCACUAGGUGUGGCAUUGAGAGCACAUUUCGGAUGACCCGACGGUGCUCAGCCUCGUGUCCUGAGCAGAGCUCCUCCCAGGAGACCUGGCUCAGAGGCCUCCUGCCCCACACAGAAGAGCUGGCUUUUCCUUGGGGCUGGAGCUGGGGGAGUGGGGGAGGACUUCUUCCUGAAAUCUCAGGUCUGACUUGUUUGGAGUAUUAGAAUAACCAGCAGCUACUCACUAGCAGCAGAGAGUCUGGGCUGUUCUCCAUGUGCCUGCACAUUAGAAUCAGCUCAGGGAGCCUCUUUAGAAAUACCUAAGCUGAGGCCCCACUGUCUGAGAUUCUGAGUGACUUGGUCUAGAGGGGAGCCCAGCAUUGGUUAGUUUGUAAAUGGCCGCAUGGUUCUUCGGUGCAGCCAGGGCUAAGAGAGCCUGACUGGGCUAAGCUAGUCUCACAGAACUCCACCCAGGGUCUCCAUAAAUGUUUCUGUGUCUGGCUUCAGACUCAUUAAGAUUGAGAGCAGGAGACCUUGAAAUCCUGCCGCUAGCUUAGGCUUGUUACCUGUUCUGUAAGAGCCCCACAGGCGGACACGCGCGCACAGUAUAGACACACACUUUCUGUAUUACAAGAUGAUGCCUGUGAGGUUUAUGGUCACUUAAUAUGUUUUAAAAUACAUAGCCAGCUAUAGUGACCAAUUAUUUCUUCCCAGACACUUGAAUCAUGAUUCCAGCCAGUGACGAUGAUUAUAAUGGGUAGGUGGAGCCCAGCAGGUAGGCUUUCUUUGGGCAUGAGCACCAGCUUAAGCAGUACAGACAGGAUGUCACAUACGUGUGGCUGACUGACCGUAAGCAGGAGCCCUCUGGUACUGUGUCUGUGUUUAUGUAAAAACUGCCUCUAGGUUGGUAGCUUCAACUCUUCUUUGUAGUGCUAGGUACUGUUGAUUAUUUUGCUUCCUCUCCUCCCAAAGUCCCCAGCACAUUUCUUCAGAAGACCUGGCCCACCUCUGAAUGCUGGAUGCUGACUUCUUCUCUUGGUCAAGGUGCUUCCCCAUUAGCCUCAUCCAGUUCUUAUCAUUCACCCGGCUGCUUUGUCAAUUCCUGGUGCAUUUCUCCUGCCACUGUGCUUAAAGCUCCUUCCUUCAGUUUCACCACCACAAAGUGCCAAAGCUGCUUGGGUUUCCUAUUGCCACUGCACAGGGAGGGUGAAGGGAAUAUUGUGGUUUCUGCAAUUACAAAACCAACUCUGGGCCCAAAACCUGCUUUCCAUGCAUUACUAAUAUAGCUCAUCAAUGCCCUGAAGAAAUCACCCAGGAGGCUGAACAUGUGACCUGUGAGGUCCCCAGCUCUUAGGGUCCUGUAACAUAUUCAUUCUUUUAGCAGUUAUGUGUUGAGGACCUACCAUAAGGGUUGCAGACUUCCAGUUUGUUCUGGGCCUGUCUAGCUGGAAAAGGAGCCAGGAAAUAUGGAAUAGCAAGCUCUCGUCCUUUCCAACCAAAAUGGAUCAUGGGGGAACAUUUGAGGAACAAGUUAAUGUUGAGACAGAAAGAGUGUGGUCUUAAGAGUGGUUUGAAAGCUGUCCAUGGAGGAGCCAAGGUCCUACCAGGGCCCUUCCUGGGCUGCAAAGAGAGAAAUAGAGACUCUCAGUCCUCAUGCCCGUGUCACUGAGUGGCUCAAAUGUCAUCUGUUUGAUAUGUUAGCCUUCUAAGUAAAAUUUCAUUUGGAGGGAGAAAAAGGUCUAGGAAAAGUAAUAAAAAGUUGUUAUGGGGUACAUUCUAAAGCCUGUUUGUAGCUCUUGACUCUGGGUAUGAGAUAUUUAAUUAGAUCUAACCCCAUGGGUAGUAUACAGCAACCUUCUGAGAACCAGGGUUACAAUGUUGGUUUUGUAUGUUGUUGAGUGAGCAGCAUCCUGGUUUGCCUGGGACAACCCUAGUUUAUGCCUGUUGUCCCAGGGUAAUUGCCAGUUGUGUCACCUAAACUCUCCAAAGUGCCCCAGUUUUGGUAGUAAGUUAUAUGGACAGCUAUGCAUAAAUGCAGAGCUCAGGAAAGGGUUGGCCACCCUGCCUAAAGCGCUCAUUAACCUGCAUGAAAACUGGAGGGAGAGCCUUUGGGGCCAUCCUCAGAGAACUAAGGGAUGAAGCCAUCCAAGGUUACCAGCACUCCAGGGCCAGGACAGCAUGACAGUAAUCACAUUGUGACACUGAAAAUAGGUUACUACCACAUGAUUUUCAGGCUUUUGACCACUGUCACAUUGAACCAACCAACCAACCAGCCAAGUGACAUAUUUUUCUUUCUCCUUUCAAUUCAGGCCUAUGACCACCCCUUGUAUUGCUGUUCAAUUCUUUUAUUCUUUAAAAAACAUUUCACUCCCCAUUGGCCAUGAGACUGAGGCUGACUUUUCAUAACCCUGCAAGGGUAACUGGUGAAUUUCUAUUUAAGUAGCUUCCCCAAUGUGCAUACUAUAUUUAUUAAGCCCUGAAGGCAUUUAAUAAAAUAUUAACAGCGUGUUUUGAAUCAUAAUCUUUGUCUGCUUUGCUGGAACAAAAAGUAAUGGAGCUAACAUUUAAAAUUCUUCACAUGUUUGGACAACAUUACACCAAGUGUUGAUUUUGUACAGAGUUCUGGCUUGCUAUUUAAAAAUUAAAACUCUGAGUGUAUAGCAACCCAAGUUGUGAAUAUUGCUUUCUGCUUCAGUGAAAAAGCAGUUUACCUGAAAAGAGCAUGUAACCUAUAUUUUGUUAAUUUAAGCAAAUAAAGAUAUGUUGAAAAA